UGUUAAAGCGCUGUAUUAAUUGCAGUUGAACGGCAGUGUGGACCGGUUCGGUUCGGUUCGGUGUAGUGCGCUGUUGUUGUGCGAUGAGGAGCCGUUUGUAAAUAAAGCGCCGGUUUCCCAAGAGCUCGUGUUGCGUUUCGGUGGUGACGUGUGUCUCCAGAGCCCACCCGCUUUGCGACACUGCACAGCACAACAACACGGAGCCGGGGCGAGACCGAGCCAAGGAGGCACCCGUCGCCCAAAUCCAUCAUCGCUAUGGGAAUUACAGCACCAGCGCACAGCGAAAGGCUUCUGACGGUUCCCAGCUCGUCCAUCUCCCUCAGACUCAGUAUAAAAAGGGGAAUGGAGUUACUAGCACUUGCCAGAAACUGUCUAGUCAGGAAGCGGUGCAUAAUGCAGAGCUCGUGCUGAUCCUGAGGUGUUCCUCCUUCAUUAGGGAAAGGUCUCUCUCUCUCUCUCUCUCUCUCUCUCUCUCUCUCUCUCUCUCUCUCUCUCUGUCUCUCUCUGGACCUGGCCAUAUUCUCCUCAGAACUGUUGGAGUCUACGGAGCUAAAACAAGAACAACAAACAAACAAACAAACAAAAGACAACAAUGUCCGUCACUUGGACGCUAACGCUUCUCUAUACUCUGCUUGGUGACAUCUUGGUCCAGGCUUUAACCUCCAGCUCCGGCACAGAGGGCUCUCUAUCCUCCCGUCACUAUCGCCACAUCGACCCUGCCACCGGUAGCCAGCUUAUGUGCGACAAGUGUCCAGCGGGCACGUACGUGUCAUCUCACUGUACCAAUAGCACUGUGCGAGAGUGCACCGAGUGCCCAGGAGGCACAUUCACACGGGGUGAGAACGGUGUUCAGCAGUGCCACCGCUGCCGAAGCCACUGCCAAGCUCCUUUAGUCGAGAAAUCUCCUUGCACAGCUACUACGGACCGCACGUGUGUGUGCCCGCCUGGCACUUCCGCCGAGCACGUGGAGUGCCUCCACCACCCUCUGUGCCUGCCUGGUUGGGGUGUGCGGAAACAGGGGAGCAAGUUAGAGGACGUGCGCUGCCGCAGAUGUCCGCGUGGCACCUUCUCUAACGUGCCGUCUCGUGUGCUGAGGUGCCGAACGCACACCGACUGCCAGGCGCUAGGAAUGCUGCUGUUGCUCGACGGCACCGACAAGACGGACAGUGUGUGUGGAACCUCGUCGUUAGGCCCGGUCUCGUCAUCCUCACACAGCAGCGACCCCGCACUCGGAGCAGCUGCAGAAUUAACAACUCCACAGACUACCCUAGUCAUGUCGGACAUUCUGACCCCCACAAGCCCCUCGGAUGAAGCAGUAGUCCUGAAUUCUCCCACACCGGAUCCCGUGCCAUCAUGGAAUCUCCUGCCGGCGAAUCAGCGAGCUCUAUCGGAAAAGAAGAACCAGGGUUUGUCCUACAGACCCAUCAGGAGAGGCUCGCCUCGGCCAAGCAUGCACAAGCACUUUGACAUCAACGAGCACCUGCCCUGGAUGAUCGUGCUGCUCCUGUUGCUGUUUCUCGUGGUGAUUGUGGUGUGCAGUGUUAAACGCAGCUCACGGCUGAUAAAGAAAGGGCCCAGGCAGGACCCCAGCAGCAUCAUGGAGAAAGCCAUUCACACCAAGCCCAGCUCUCCUGCCGGGAACAGCAAGGAGAAGUGGAUCUACUACUCCAACUGCCAGGGUGUUGAUAUUCUAAAAUUGGUGGCAGCCCAGAUUGGCAGCCAGUGGAUCGACAUGUACCAAUCCCUGGCUAAUGCUAACGAGCGGGAAGUGGCUGCCUUCUCCAAAGGCUACACCGCUGACCAUGAGAGGGCAUACGCCGCCUUGCAGCACUGGACCAUCUGCGAUAGUGAUGCCAACCUGGCCAAGCUGAUAAACGCCCUCCAUCAUCACCGGCGCAUCGAUGUGGUCGAGAAGAUCCGCGGUGUCAUGGAAGACAACCCUCAGUUUGAUCUGAACCAGUUGACGAUGUCUGUGAAUGUAAGCCAAGGCGCCAGCCCCAGCCAUAAGCCUCUGGAUGCACUGGGAUUGGUAGUGGAGCACUCUCCACUGGACCGCACCAAAGGCUUCUUCCCCGACGAGUCUGAGCCGCUGCUGCGCUGCGACUCCACCUCCAGCAAAGACUCCGCCCUGAGCCGCACAGGCUCUUUCAUUACCAAAGAGAAGAAGGACACAGUUUUGCGGCAGGUGCGCCUCGACCCAUGCGACCUACAGCCCAUUUUCGAUGACAUGCUGCACAUCCUUAACCCAGACGAGCUGCACGUGAUCGAGGAGAUACCUACGGCCGAGGACAAGCUGGAUCGUCUGUUUGAGAUCGCCGGAGUCAAGAGCCAAGAGGCCAGCCAGACGCUGCUCGACUCCGUGUACAGCCACUUGCCUGAUCUCCUAUAGACGCGUCUCUGUUCGUUGCUGCUAACAGACAUCGAAUGAACAAGACGGAGAGCAAGAGAAGGACAGACAAACAACCGUGCACAAUCCGUCACGUCCUUCUGGAAAAGUCACACAAGGGUCGCUAAGCAUAUUAAAAGCCAUUGCUAGCCAAAUGUAGCUUUCGUGCGUUGUCCUCGUUACACUUUGGAGCGUCUUUUUUGUUUGUUUGAUUAUAGUCCUAAAUUCAUAUUGCUGUAACAUUCCAGCAUCUUUACUAGUCAACAAUGUCUGAAACUAAUGCACAUUAAUUGAGUGAUUGACACUUUAGUUAGGCUCAAGCUUAGAUCCUACAGCAUUCUGCCAGAAUGUGCUGCAACCCCAAUUCAGUACAAGUUGGGACAGUAUUGCAUAGCUUUUUUGAAAAUAAACAUUUACUUAUUUAUAAUUGAUGGAUGCAGCACGUUCCAAAAAAAGUUGGGACGGGGCGAAUUAGGACUCGUAGCGAUGUGAGAAGUUGAAAUAAGAAGGUGAUGUGAAACAGGUGAGGUGAUCGUAUAAUCAUAGAAUAUAAGGAGCCUCCAGAAAAGGCCGAGUCCUUCAAGAGCGAGGACGGGUCGAGGCUCGCCAAUAUGCCCACAGAUGUGUCGGCGAAUAAUCCAAAACUUUGAGAAGAACAUUCCCCAAAAACACAUCGGUAGGAUUUUGGGCGUUUCACCUUCUACAGCGCACAAUAUAAGUAAAAUAUUCAACGAAUCCGGUCGAAUCUCGGUGCGUAAAGGGCGAGGCUGAAAACCGCUUCUGAAUACGCAUGAUCUCCGAUCCCUCAGACGUCACUGUCUUAAAAACCGUCAGUGGGGGCGUGUCAGUGCCUAUGGUAUUUGGGUGUGUCAGUGCCUGUGGUAUGGGGGUGUGUCAGCACCCAUGGCAUGGGUAACUCACACAUCUGUGAGGGCAGCAUUAAUGCAGAAAGAUAUGUACACAUUUUGGAGCAACAUACGCGUCCAUCCAGAGCAGGACAACGCCAAACCACAUUCGGCCCGGACUACAAGCGCAUGGUUGCGUAAGCAGAGAGUGCGGGUGCGAGCAUGGCCUGCUGCAGUCCUGACCGGUCUCCCAUUGAGAACGUGUAGCGCAUUAUGAAACGCAAAAUAAGGCAACGAAGUCCCUGUAGAGUUACACAGCUGAAGAAAUGCAUGAUGGACGAAUGGGGAAAAUUCCGCUCGCUAAACUUAAACACCUGGUGUCUUCACUCAGCGUCCAAAUGCUAAAUAAGUGUUAUUGAAAGAAAAGCUGAUGUUACACAGCGCUAAACAGUCGACUGUCCCAACUUUUUUGGAGUGUGCUUCAGUCAUCAGAUUUGAAAUGAGUGUAUAUUUUCAAAAAGAAAUUAAAUUCACAAAGUAAAACAUCAAAUAAUGUGUUAAUAAUGUGUUUUUGGUAUAGUACAGCGUGAGCUGAAUUUUCUAAUGAGUCUUUUUGGGUUUUUUUGUUCUUUCCAUUUUCCGUACUGUCCCAACAUUUUCAGAAUUGGGGUUGUACCUUAAACCCCGUUUUUUCUCUGCAUUUAUUAUGAAUACUGCGAUUUGUAUAAGAAGGAUUUCCAAUGUGAAUGUAUGGGCAUUGAACAGCAGCUACUGGCUGCCACGUCACAACCUCACGUGACUAAAGUUAUGCACUCUACUUGAAUUGGUCUAUCAACCUGUGGAUACACUUCUCCAGGAAAUGAACCACAAACAUGCUUGAUAGAUUAAUUAAGAAUAGAAGAAGCAACACUUACUGGGCUGACUUGCUGUUUGGAAAGAUCCAGGAGGCCAGUUACACCCUACUGAAUUCUGACUACAGAUAAAAGGAGCAAAUAAACACGUACACAUGCACAGUCCCUGAAAACCUGCCAUGUUGUCUGUCUGCGGUCACGCCGGGGGUCUCUACACUGCUACUCCACCGUAACCUUCACGCCUGGUCCGUACACUGUACCACCUGUUAAACCGCAGUAUGUCCAGGGUCUGAGUCAAAGCAUUCAUGGUUAACCCUAACCCCUGAUUCUACACCGUUCUCCCACAAUGCCGCUGCAGCUGCGUAGAACGAGUUGAAUUGAAAGGGUCAUGACUGAAGACUUGGAUGUUUUUAAUAUCCUGCUCGAGUUGGUCUCUCGAUGUGUAGAUGUGCUGAUAAACACCAACCGUACGUUGAUCCUCUUAAUCCAGCCCCCAGUUCAGAAGACGCAGAAGCAACGCUGGGACCUGAAAGUUUGUACGCCCAUAGAAAGUAGUUUUGUUGAUUAUAUUUCAGUACAUAUGUCGUAUGCGGAAUCUUAUCUAUUAAUCUAAAUGAUCAUACCUCCUAACAUCUGAUGACCUGGUGCACAGGGCUACGUGACCUUCAGGUGACUGUCAAGGUGAAGUACGCUUUGUGGAAGCGUUGAAGACUUCCGCUGGAUGAUAAUCAAUGGAUAGAAGUGCAAGCAUAGUAUCAAACGGUGUCAAAAGUAGAGUAUGAACAUCAUAUUCCAGUCACGGGUUUAAAACAUGUAACCAGUAUAUUUACAGGUAUGUAAGACAGGAGAUUGAUGACUGACCGAUUAAAAUGAAAACGUUUGUUACUGUA